AUGUCAGAAUCUAGGAAUGGGGGAAAGAUUCCCAGCCAUAUGAAACAGAUGCCCACCUUAACACCAGACCAGGAGAAGAUGAUGCAAUUGGCCAAAGAUUUCCCCAGCCAUUUCCUCAUUUUGCGUCCUGGCUUUGUGGCCAGAAAUGCCAUCACCACCAUGAUAGUCUUGGCCAGCAUAAAGAAGAUACAAGGAAACAAGGAGACAAGAAGCAAUUUGGAUAAGAUAAAUGAGCAGGCAACAGAGUUCUAUGAGACAUAUAGAAGUUUUCUUGAAGAGAAAACACAAGAACCACAAGAGGAUAGGGAAGAUGAAAUACAGAGAAAGUUAGUAACAGAAGAGACACCCAUACAAAGAGAAGAAGAAGAAGAAAACGCAGAUCAAGAAAGAGAGUGUACGGAAAGUUGCCUCCCAGGAUAUACCAAGCUGAUGAGAGAGGGAGAACCAGUUUGCUGCUUUGACUGUUCUUCGUGUAUGGAAGGAACUAUCUCUGUGCAGGAAGAUGUAGCCCAAUGUGCAAAAUGUCCAAAUGACCACCUUUCCAACAAGAAGCGGGAUCAGUGUGUCGCCAAAGUUAUAACUUUCCUGUCCUACAGAGAAAACGUAGGUGUCAUCCUGGCUGUCUCUGCCCUUUUUUUGUCUCUUACCACUGCCUUAGUUCUAGGAAUUUUUAUUAAAUAUCGAGAAACUCCCAUAGUCAAAGCUAACAACCGUGAUCUCACCUACAUUCUGCUGAUCUUUCUCCUGCUUUCCUUCUUGACUUCCCUUCUAUUCAUUGGUCAACCCAAGAAAGUGACAUGCCUUCUUCGACAAACUGCCUUCAGUAUUGUUUUCUCAGUUGCUGUGUCAUCCUUGCUGGCCAAGACUAUCAUGGUGGUGAUGGCAUUUCUGGCCACAAAGCCAGGAAGCAAAAUGAGGAAAUGGCUGGGUAAAUCUUUGGCCAAUUGCAUCAUCCUCUCCUGCUCUGGUAUUCAGGUGGGCAUCUGUUUCAUAUGGCUGAGAAUCUUUCCCCCAUUCCCAGAUUCUGACUUAUAUUCUCAAAAAGGGCAGAUCCUACUGCAAUGCAAUGAAGGUUCAGUCAUCAUGUUCUAUUCUGCCCUUGGCUACUUGGGCUUUCUGGCUUCCAUCUGUUUCUUGGUGGCUUUUCUAGCCCGAAAACUACCAGGGGGUUUCAACGAAGCCAAGUGGAUCACCUUCAGCAUGCUGCUCUUCUGCAGUGUUUGGGUUUCUUUUGUCCCCGCCUACCUGAGCACCAAAGGAAAAUACAUGGUGGCUGUGCAGAUCUUCUCCAUCCUGACCUCCAGCCUCGGCUUACUCGGCUGCAUCUUUGUCCCCAAAUGUUAUAUCAUCAUUCUGAGACCUGACAUGAACGCGAAGGAGCAUCUAAUGAUGAAAAACAAUGAGUGA